CUAUAAAUACAGGCCGAUCACCACGCUCUGUACACCAGAAACCUUAUCACUUUACGAUAAAUUGAGAGCCUCGCUAGCAGUUGAUACAAGAGUCUCUCUCUCUCUCUAUCACUUUCUCUCUCCCCUUCUGUGUAUGUGGUAGCAGAAGGAGGGGAGUGAGAUGGAGAUAAUGGGGAGUGUGAGCGGCUUGUUGUUGGCAUCCACUGCCCUUCUUCUUUCAUGGGGUCUGUUCAGAAUAAUCUACGCAGUGUGGUGGAAGCCCAUGCGGCUCAAGCAGUUCAUGAAGAAGCAAGGCGUCGAUGGCCCUCCAUUCGAGCUCAUCUUCGGCAACGCGAGGGAGACCAUGCGCACAUUCUUCCAGGCUUGGGCCAAACCCAUGAGCCUGUGUCACGAUAUAGUGCCCCGGGUCCUCCCAUUCUUUCAUGACGUUGUCGAGAAAUACGGGAGAACAUGCUUGGUCUGGUACGGGAACAUGCCGGUACUCAUCGUCAUGUCACCUGAUCUGGUGAAAGAAGUUCUGACGAAUAAAUUUGGACAGUAUCCCAAGACACCACCACCACCAUCAAUGACGGCCCUUGUCACAGGGCUGGUGGCCCUUGAAGGUGAGAAGUGGGCAGCCCACAGGAAGAUCCUCAACCCAGCAUUUCAUCUGGAGAAACUGAAGGGGAUGCUGCCGACGUUCUCGCUGAGCUGUGAACAGAUGGUGCAGAGAUGGUCGGAGCUGAUAGGGUCCCAAGCUUCCCGUGAAAUGGAUGUGUUCGAGGAGCUUCAGAGUCUUACUGAAGAUAUUAUCUCCAGGACCGCGUUCGGCAGCAACUUUGAAGAAGGAAAGCGACUGUUCGAAAUCCAGAAAGAGCAAGCUAAAAUAGGCUUCGAAUCUCUUUGGAAAAUACAACUCCCUGGUUUUAGUUACCUUCCAACGAAGGCAAACAUUAGGAAGAAGAAGCUAAAUGAUGAUGUGACCAGCAUCCUGAGAGGCAUGGUGCAGAGAAGGAUCAAGGAGAUGAAAAUGGGGAGUCCAAAGAAAGGUGAUAUGCUGGAGCUGCUGCUGGAGUCCUGCAACUAUAACGAUGUCCAUGAAGAAAAGGGGAGCUUAAAGAAGAUGGGGAUGUCCAUAGACGACGUGAUAGAGGAGUGCAAGUUGUUCUAUUUUGCAGGCCAGGGGACUACAGGGGUGACCUUGACCUGGACCAUGGUUGUGCUGUCCAUGCAUCCUGAGUGGCAGAGCCGUGCAAGAGAGGAGGUCCUCCAAGUCUGUGGAAAGGGAGCUCCUACCUUCGAUCAGUUGAGCCAACUAAAGAUUGUUACCAUGGUUCUGUAUGAGGUUCUAAGAUUAUAUUCUCCAGUGGUGAUGCUAAGCAGACAUGCUUCCAAGAGAAUGCAGUUGGGACAUCUCGACAUUCCAGCAGGAGUUCAGCUGCUACUGCCACUGCUGUUCAUGCAACAUGAUCCCGAACUGUGGGGUGAAGAUUCAAAUGAGUUCAAUCCGGAGCGGUUCUCCGAAGGCGUCGCUAACGCCGCGAAGCAUCAAAUGGCCUUCUACCCAUUCGGCUGCGGGCCGAGGAUCUGCCUGGGAUAUACUUUCGCGAUGAUGGAAGCGAAGAUGGCAGUGGCCAUGAUUCUGCAGCAUUUCUCCUUUGAGCUCUCACCUUCCUACAUUCAUGCCCCCUGCCCUGUUAUGACUCUUCAGCCUCAGCAUGGAGCUCCUCUUAUAGUGCACAAACUCUGAUCUCUUUCUUCAGAAGCUUGUUCUGGUGUAUUCAUAAUUGUACCCACUUUUCAUGUGGAUUGUCCUGUGCAAAGCAAUAUUGAAGAUGUUGGGCUAAAAUAUCGUUGGAUCAAUAAGGAUUUCUUCAGGUUUAUGAGAACAAAGGUUCGGGUGGAUGCUUGUAUUAUGUGGAUGAAUGCUAUAAUGCAUGCUAAGAUGUUCGACAGAGCUUUGAAUUGAAGAAGGUCAAGAGUUCAAUACUCA